AUGUCAACCAUAAACUGGCGCACCGUAAACGUCGACGCCUACGACCCUGAAUCCCAACUCAACUUCCCCCUCGAAACCCUUCAACCCUCCUCCCUCCCCGCCCCCAGCACAGCCUCCGAACAAGCCCAACUAGCCACACAGAUCCGUCAACUCCUCCGCGCCGGCGACCUCCUCGGCUCCCUCUCCUCAGCCCUAGAAACCGCGCCUUUAGCAGGCGACGAGCAGGCGAAGCAAGUACAUACCGCGACGGUGCUGGAAGUGUUACAGGGAAUACGGCAGGCAGAAGUCAGUCGGAUACUGCAGGAGAUGUUGAGGCAGCAGGGUGGGAAUGCGCUGGCGGAUACGUUGAUGAAGUAUAUUUAUAAGGGGAUGGGGAGUGGUGCUGGUGGAAGUAGUUCGAGGGAGUACGGGGGGUGUUGA